GCAAAAUGGAUAAACUUUUAUAAAAUAAUCUAUAUAAAAUCAAUGUUAUUAUGUUAUAAAAGCAAUAUGUUUUGUUAUGGUUAAGCUUAUAUCCAAAAUGGAUGUUCUAUAACUAAUUGAAAAUAAAUGAAUCAAAUAUUUGAUAUACUGAUGAAACAAACUCUUAUUUGGUCUAAAUUGACGUUUUUAUUGUCAUUACUCAUUUCUUUACUACUUAUACAAAUAUCAGUAGCAUCAAACAGUGAAUCAAAACACUAUCUUUUAAUACACGGUCCAAUGCAUACGAAUGUUCAGAUUAACUCAACUGUACUAUUGAGAUGUCGUGUUCAACUUCAGAUUCAAAAUGAUCUUAAAGAAAAUCACUACAAAAUAUUUCAGAAUAGUAAAUUGAAUAAUGAGGGAUACUUUUCAGAUGUUUCUUCAUCAUCAUCUGCCGUACCGGGAGCAGUUUGGCAAGUUAUCAAUCCAUAUUUAUUGUCAGAUAAGUUGAAAAUCAUUGUUCAAUGGAUGAAAGAUGGAUUUGGUUAUGAUCAAGAUACAUUGAGACAAACAUUUAAUGGAAGGUAUACAUUGGUUGAAUCUGAGGAAAAAGAUGUAUAUGAUUUAAUGAUUAAAAAUAUUCGUUUUGAAGAUGAAGGUGAAUAUGCUUGUCAAGCUAGAUUGGUAAAAAAGGCAAAUUCUCAACAUAAACCAUAUUAUUUAUAUCAAUUUGUUAAUCAAUCAAAAUUUUAUCGAAAAUCAAUAAAAUCGAAUAUGACCAAUCACUUUGAUUCAUCAAUACAUGAUUUAUUUAAUUUACCAAUGAGUUUAAUUAAAAGUAAUACCGCAUACUUAAAUGUUAUUGGUGUAAAUCUACUUGCUCCUUUUAAAGUAACACAUGCUGUGUGA